AUGAGUCAGAGGAAGCUGACACGACAGCUGAGGUUGUGGGAGAGUCCUGAGGGUCUACCUCACCAUGCCCCCUCCCUCACCUCACCUUUGUCACCAGACGAUCAAUCACGCGGACACGGGGGCUCAUCUCUGUUUCGACGCUUGAAGCUGAACCGCAGCAUCCAGUUCAGACGCAUGCCCAACUUUCUGUGCAGGGUUAUCGUCUUACUGUUUAUGACCACGGAGAGACAAACACAGAGCAACACAGAAACAGGAAAUGUAACAAAUGUAAACCUCCUGUCUUCCUUCCUUUACUCCUUCAGCUUUGAUGCAGAGAAUGGUCCCUCACCAGGCCGCAGUCCCAUGGACUCGCAGGCGAGUCCUGGGUUGGUGCUCCACCCUUCGUUUCCUCAGAGCCAGCGCCGGGAGUCCUUCCUGUAUCGCUCCGACUCGGACUACGACACAUCCCCUAAAACCAUGUCGCGCAACUCCUCCAUCAACAGUGAGGGGCACGCCGAAGACAUGAUCGUCACCCCUUUUGCUCAGGUGUUGGCCAGCCUACGAACUGUAAGAAGCAACUUCACCAUCCUCGCCAAUGUCACAACACCCACUAACAAGAGGUCACCAGUGACCAGUCAACCCACUGUCCCCCAAGCUACACUCUCUGAGGAGACAUACCAGCAGAUGGCUCGGGAGACUCUGGAGGAGCUGGAUUGGUGUUUGGACCAGUUGGAGACCAUUCAGACGCACCGCUCCGUCAGUGAGAUGGCCUCCAACAAGUUCAAGAGGAUGUUGAACAGGGAGCUGUCCCAUUUGUCAGAGAUGAGUCGCUCAGGGAACCAAGUGUCAGAAUACAUCUCUACUACCUUCCUAGAGAAGCAGAACGAAGUGGAGAUUCCAUCGCCGACUCUGAGGGAGAGGGAGAAGCCCAUGUGUCACAUCAGCGGCGUGAAGAAGCUCACGCACAGUUCCAGCCUUUCCAACUCCACCUUGCCUCGAUUCGGCGUGAAGACGGAACACGAGGAAGCUUUAGCCAGGGAGCUGAACGACUUGAACAAGUGGGGCCUUAAUAUUUUUCAUGUGGCAGAGUUCUCUAACAAUCGGCCCCUCAGCUGCAUCAUGUUCGCCAUCUUCCAGGAAAGAGAUCUGCUAAAGACCUUUAGGAUCCCUGUGGAUACUUUUGUCACCUAUGUGAUGACCCUGGAGGACCACUAUCACGCCAACGUCGCCUACCACAACAGUCUUCAUGCUGCUGAUGUCACCCAGUCCACCCAUGUCCUGCUGUCCACACCAGCUCUAGAUGCUGUAUUCACUGAUCUGGAGAUAUUAGCAGCAUUGUUUGCUGCUGCCAUUCAUGAUGUAGACCAUCCAGGAGUGUCCAACCAAUUCCUCAUAAAUACCAACUCCGAGUUAGCCCUGAUGUAUAACGAUGAGUCUGUGUUGGAGAACCAUCACCUGGCUGUGGGCUUCAAGCUGCUUCACGAGGAGAACUGUGACAUCUUCCAGAACCUCAGCAAGCGGCAGAAACAGAGCCUAAGGAAACUCGUCAUUGACAUGGUUCUGGCUACAGAUAUGUCCAAACACAUGAGUUUGUUGGCUGACCUCAAAACUAUGGUGGAAACCAAGAAAGUCACGAGUUCUGGAGUGCUGAUGCUCGACCAUUACACCGAUCGAAUACAGGUGUUGAGAAACAUGGUGCACUGUGCCGACCUGAGCAAUCCAACCAAACCUCUGCUGGUGUAUCGCCAGUGGACGGAGAGGAUCAUGGAGGAGUUCUUCAGGCAGGGAGACAAGGAGAGGGAGCGAGGGAUGGAGAUCAGUCCUAUGUGUGACAAGCACACUGCGUCUGUGGAAAAAAGUCAGGUGGGCUUCAUUGACUACAUUGUUCACCCUCUUUGGGAGACAUGGGGGGACCUCGUGCACCCCGACGCCCAGGAGAUCCUCGACACCUUGGAGGACAACAGGGACUGGUACCAGAGCACCAUACCACAAAGCCCAUCCCCACCUCCUGUGUGCCAGGACAAGGAGCUAAAUGCGUGCAGGGACAAGUUUCAGUUCGAGCUCACCCUGGAAGACAGCUCUCAGACAGAACAGGUGCACGAGGAGGACAAAAACACAACGAACCACGUGGCGCAGGACUGCAGUCACAUGGAGGACAAAAGUGAGGACAAGGAGGACAUAAUGGCAGAAGAGAACGAGGACAUAAUAGAAGAAGAAGAUGAGGUGCCAAUGGAGGAGGAGGAAUUAGAAGAAGAGCAGAAAACUCAGAUGGGCAAGGGGCCUGAGAAGGAAAUACUUUUUGACACAAGUCCUGUAGAAGAAGAGGAAGAUUCUUCUUCUCAAGCUGAAGAUACAUGAGUUCUGCUCUUGUAUCGACAUAGCUCUGAAACUUGCACACAUUCUCUUGUUUAUUCUUUCAAUGGCCAAACCAAGAACAAAUAGAACUGCAACGACAAUACAGACCUUUAAAUAUAUUUUUCACAAAGGGAAUAAACUAAAACCUGCUUAAAGAGAAGCUAAUUACACAGCAACUGUAGAUUUGGAGUGGUGAGUCCUUCGACUGAUGUCACAGUGGACUAACAGGAAUUUAGGAGAGCGUUAUUGCUGGGGGAAUGAUGAGCGCGUAGCACUCUGGAGACUUGAAUGCACAUAGAUAAACACACACGAAAUCACACACUAAAACACAAGCAAGAAGGAAGUCAUGUGGAAAACACCAAUGCAAUGCGACGUGCAUGCAGCUGUCAUGCAGUUUAUAUCCUGUUUAUUUUUGGAGAUGCACACACACAAAUAUUUGCACAGAUACACACACAUUC